ACGGAGCCAUGAGAGAGUACAAAGUGGUGGUGCUGGGCUCGGGCGGUGUGGGCAAGUCCGCGCUCACUGUGCAGUUCGUGACAGGUUCCUUCAUCGAGAAGUACGACCCGACCAUCGAGGACUUCUACCGCAAGGAGAUUGAGGUGGAUUCGUCGCCGUCGGUGCUGGAGAUCCUGGACACAGCGGGUACCGAGCAGUUCGCAUCCAUGCGGGACCUGUACAUCAAGAAUGGCCAGGGUUUCAUCCUUGUCUACAGCUUGGUCAACCAGCAGAGCUUCCAGGACAUCAAACCCAUGCGGGACCAGAUCAUCCGCGUGAAGCGGUACGAGCGCGUACCUAUGAUCCUGGUGGGCAACAAGGUGGACCUGGAGGGCGAGCGCGAGGUCUCAUACGGCGAGGGCAAGGCCCUGGCCGAGGAGUGGAGCUGCCCCUUCAUGGAGACAUCCGCCAAAAACAAAGCCUCAGUGGAUGAGCUGUUCGCAGAGAUCGUUCGGCAGAUGAACUACGCUGCACAGCCCAACGGCGACGAGGGCUGUUGCUCGGCCUGCGUGAUCCUGUGAGGCGCCGGCUUUUUUCUGUGCACAAAGCCAAACACACCCGAUUUUCUUAAUGUGAUUGUCUUCUUGCUUUGAGAUUGGAGACGACUUUGUAUUGGCCGGGAUGUCCGAGGAACCUGGCUGACUUGCGUGGCCAGCAUCCCUAGCCUUCAGGGGGUGUCCGAGGGGGUGUCGGUUCCUGACCAUCCAAGACCCUGAUGGAAAUGUGGCUUUUUUUGCAGCGUGUACGUUCCUCAUUGAUUUCGGUUCAUGCAUAAUUUUUCCCGUUUAAGUAGCCAUCAAGGCGCAGUAUUGGCUGCUUGACACCGGCAAGCAAAAGUUUCAAGCCUGAAAAAGAAAAUGGGGGUGGGGAGGUGGAGGAAGUGGAGGGGAAGAAGGAGGCGGUGGGGGAGGGUUCCCCCAAACAACUGUUCAUAGUUCCAAGUUCUAAACACAAGGAAGGAGGUCUGAGAAAACCAUAUGAAGGAGCCAGAGGAGGGGAAGAAACUUGAUUUUUUUUUCCCCCUUGUUUUCCAGGAUUAUUUGGAAAUUAAGACCAGGGGUUCCUUUUCUGCCAGCUUGGAAGGGCAACCCAGGGACUGAUUACGAUUCUGAGGAUGUCUAUGCAAAGUUGGGUUCUUGUUACAGUGUAUCCAAUCUGAAGUAUUGCACAUGUGAACUGGGACUGUUAAACACUGAUGCCAAUACAGUGGGGGGGUGCCAGGAAGUGUCUGCUGAUAUUUGUGGGAAAAAAAAAUCUAUUUUGAUUACCUACUGUAUCAAAGGGGAGUCUGGGGGAGAAUGGUAGUAUUUUUUUUUAAUCAGCUGUGAAAAAAAUGUUAAAAGAUCUGCACAUUUUUGUGUGUGCUAUUAUGUGUGUGUGUGCUGUUGGGUGUGUGUGCUAUUGUGUGUGUGUGUGUAAGUGUAGCUUUUUGUGUGCGUGUGUGGUUGGCAGUGACAGAUUUUGCUGACUAGCUUUUAAAAAAUACAAUACAAAGACUUCGUAAAUGUGAUUCAGGGCCCCCAGCACCCCUGUGUCUGCAGAGUGCCUUCAAACUCAGCUGUUCCAGCCGGUGCCAACCUGUGAAUUCCCACCAUAUCCCAGAAUCUGCUGUUCUGCUGCCCCCAAAACCACUUUAAGUAUCUUCCUGAAAGAGCCAGGACAAAUGGGGCCGGUUAGUCCAUGAAUUGCUUUGUUCAUUUUUAGCUUUCUUAAUGGUAAGCCCAUGUCUCGAGUGUUUUUUCUCCCUUUCUUCAUUUUGUUCAGAUUUCAGGUUUUAGCUCCCUUUUCCGUUGCCUUGUUUUCAGAGUGUCCCUGUCAUUUGUCUAAGGGUGUCCCCCAGAAGCUAAGCGCAGAAUUUUGUUGUGAUGUACCAAGAGAAUUCUAACAGAUUGUAACUUUUAAUCCCACUCAUCUGGUCAUUGUCUCUUCCUUUGAAGACUUUUAAUACAAAUGUCAUUUUUAAAGAAACCCCAAACUAUUUGUGUUUUUGUGUUUCGUAUUCAGUGAUACACAGUAUCCCUGGUAAUGGUGUCAGGUGGAGGUGGACCGGGCCUCCCAGAGUUAUUUGUCAAAUGUUGAAGCUAGAAUUAUUUCAGUGACAAAUUGGACGACAAUGUUUCCAAGUUUUUAUUUCAAAGUGGAGAAAAUUAUCAGGGCCUAGACAGGCCAUCUGACUCCCCAGAGGAGGAAGUGUAUUGAGUCUGUUCUGCUGACAAUGAGCCAUGAACUUCACUGUUAUAGCAAAGGAGAGAAGCCGACUGCUAACACCCUCUUAGGUCUGGGAAAGUUACAUCCAUCCAGGCAAAUGGGGGGGGGGGUGCUUUUUCUUUGUCCUGGUUUUGUUUUGUCUGUUUAUGUCACGCCUCCAUCAGAAGUGUUCUUAACUUCGUUUCUCACACACAGUGUGCUCAGCAGUAUUUGGAGUGUAUUAUGCUGGCCGUUAUCUCAGCCCUUCAAAGAUUUCAUUUGGAACCAAAUCAUUAGAUUCAAAACAAAACAAAAAGUAAUAAACCGUGUAAAGAGGAUUCUUGUGCUCUCUUUAGUUUGUGGAUCAUAUUUGACCACAAGCGUUGUUUCUCCUAACAAGUAGGAGGCAAUGUGCGUUGUUACUUUUUAUGUGUAUUUUCCGUGGGCUCUCUAGUACAAUAAUCUUAUCUGUAAGAAAUGAUAGCAUAGGUUCCUGAGGCAAAGCUGAAACCUGAAGAGUAUUAACCUAGGAAUUUACUCUUUGACAAAGCCAAAAGAGAUCACAGGUUUCUUUAAAGUGAUAUCAAUAUCUCUUGCCUUAAUUUUUUUUUUUUGCGGGGGAGGGAAUGUUUUCAUCCAGGUUGCAUUUCGCUAGUCCAGUGGGGAGGGAGAACAGUUUUGCCUGUCUUGGCCUUUAUUGAUUUUCCAACUCUGACCUCAUGCCUCCAUGAGUAUCAAACACAUUCGUUUCUACGUCUAAACAUUGGGACUACUCAAAUUCAUGUUUUUACAAGAACACAUUCUUCCAUUUGAAUAAUUGUGGCUGCUUAAGUAGAUUGAAGUUGAUGCAGAGCCUGAAUAUGUGUCAAGCCCUGUUGGAAUGGGUUUUUUGUUUUUUUUUUUUUUUUUAAUGUGUUUGGUGACCCUCUUUUGUCAUUUGGAAGGCUUUGGGCAAAAGUGUUGCCAAGUAUAUGGCUCAUAGGAAAUGCGCGUACUCCUUACAGAAAAUAUCAGAAGGUGGGUGGUGAAAUAGGUUGCUGGUCCGCCAAUCACCUCCACAGAGCAUUGU